GUCAUUAUAUAUAUAGUUUUUGACUGUGUUCAUAAUAUCUCACAAGAUACUUUCAAUUUGUUGAAAUAAGGAUGAAAACCAAGUUGUUUGUCUCUGUGUGCUUCUAUGCAUUACUUCUCAUAUUUCUUGUGGCAAUUAUGCCUUCCGAAGGUGCAAUCUGGAAUGGCAACAAAGGGAAAAACAAUGACGGGUAUGGUGAUGGAAUAGAGGGUCAUAGUGGAAAGGAGUAUGUUGACAAUGCCUGGAAGAAGGAGCGAAGUUGGGGCACCGGAUGGUGGGGUAGCGGUAGAAAAGGGGGUGGCGGUGGAAAGGGUGAUAAAGGUGGAAAAGUGGGUGGUGGUCGAUACCAAUUACCCAUUCCCGGUGGAGGAAAAGGAGGCGGUGGAAAAGGAGGACGUGAUGGAAAGUUAUAGAACUUUUCGAUGGUGGAUUGUAUUUUUCUUUUGUCUUUGAUUUUUGAGGGUUUUGGUUUGGUUGUCCCUCUUGUAUAUUUUUUUCCCUUUUUUACAAUAGACUUUUUCUGAAGUAGGCAACAAAGGGUAAGAGUAUUUUGGAGCGCCAACCUAGUUGGGAUGUCGAAGUUAUCUCUUGAUGUCAGUCCUAUCACUUGACCUAUUCAAAAAAGUAAGGUAUUAUGUGUGGAGAGGAUUUUUUUAAUUAAAGAAAAAUAAAAUGAUAUCAAGUGUCAUUGAGGCAUUGUUUAAGUAAUCGAAA